AUUAAAUUUAUCAAUCACUAACCAUCCCCACAAAGAAACAAAUAAUCUUGUUUUAUUUCUAGAAAGAAAAAAAUAUACGACUUUUCCACUCUCUUCACACCAUAAAUUAUCUUUCUCUCUUCACACCACUAAAAAAUAUCCAAAGGGAAUCAAAAACAGAGCAACAAAGAAAAAACAGAGGAAGCCAUGUUCUUGAAGCUCUUCUUCCUCCUCUUCUUGAACCUCCUCUUUCAAGAAACAUCUUCUCAAAGAACCAACUUCACUUACAAUGGCUUCUCUCCACUACCCACUGACAUAUCCCUCCAAGGGCUCACCACCGUCACAAAAAACGGUCUCCUUCUCCUAACCAACUUCACUGUCCAAAAAACCGGUCACGCCUUCCUAACCAAACCAAUCCGGUUCAAAGAUUCACCAAACGCCCCCGCCUACUCCUUCUCCACAACCUUUGUCUUCGCUAUCCACUCUCAGAUCCCAAUACUCAGCGGACACGGCAUCGCCUUCACCAUAGCUCCUAAGCCAAGCCUCCCUGACGCAACCGCAAGCCAGUACAUGGGUCUCUUCAACAUAGGAAACAACGGUAAUGACACAAACCAUGUCUUCGCUGUUGAGCUGGACACGAUCAGGAGCACAGAGUUUAACGAUACAGAUGACAACCAUGUCGGGAUCGAUAUUAAUAGUUUGCACUCAGAGAGAGCUGCAUACGCUGCGUGGUGGGACGAGAAAGGAGAGUUGAAGAAUCUGAGUUUGAUAAGUCGUAAACCUAUGCAAGUUUGGGUUGAUUACGACGGUCUGACUCAUAAGAUCGACGUGACGAUGGCUCCGUUCAACGAGGAUAAACCUAAGAGGACACUAGUGUCUACUGUGAGAGAUCUUUCUCCUGUUCUACUCCAAGACAUGUACGUUGGGUUCUCUUCCGCGACAGGUUCUGUUCUUUCGGAACAUUACAUCCUCGGGUGGAGCUUUGGUGUGAACACCGAAGCUCCACCUUUGGCUUUAUCGAGACUUCCGAAGCUUCCUCGGUUCGUGCCGAGGACGAUUUCGGAUUUUUUCAAGAUCGGUAUGCCUUUGAUCUCUCUUUUCUUGAUUUUCUGCGUGAUUUUCCUCGUCUGCUUCAUCGUGAGGCGGAGGAGGAAGUUUGCGGAGGAGCACGAGGAAUGGGAGAAAGAGUUUGGUAAGAACAGGUUUAGGUUCAAGGAUUUGUACUACGCUACCAAAGGGUUCAAGGAGAAGGACCUUCUUGGCUCCGGCGGGUUCGGGAGCGUCUACAAAGGUGUGAUGCCUGGGUCGAAGUUGGAGAUCGCUGUGAAAAGAGUUUCUCACGAGUCCCGACAAGGGAUGAAACAGUUUGUGGCUGAGAUCGUUAGUAUUGGUAGGAUGAGUCAUCGGAACUUAGUCCCUCUCUUGGGUUACUGUCGCCGUA